CUCGCUCGCUUCUGGAACCUACACAUUGUUAAAGCCGCUGGAUAACGCUCAUGAAUCACCACUUUGUUUAUCUGGAGCUCGUAAGGAAUAGAUCCCGCUGAGCGUCUUCAUCCCUCCACAGCAUCUCUUUCUUCCGCAGCACCUGAACACAGCGCUGUUGCCAUGACAACAGACGAGGCAGAGAGUCACCAGAAGAAGCCGAGGCAACAGGAGGAAGCCGGGCAGGAAGCAGGGUCUCCCCCCCCGGAGGAGGAGCAGCUCCGGCCUCGCAACCGCAACUCUGCCGGCCGCGGCCUCUCCCGCCUCUUCUCCUCCAUCCUGAAGAGGCGCUCGCAGUGUGACAGUGAGGCGGGAGAGAAGGAGGACAAGGAGGAGAAGGAAGCCAAAGCCCCCAUCGCUGACCCCGAGCCUGAGCUGAGGACGGAGGGGGAGGGGGCCCCGGACCGCCACUCCAUGAGCAGCGCCGAUGCUCAGGCUGCGCAGGUAGAGAAGAAAGAGGCCGAGGAGGAAGAGGGUGGAAAGGACAAAGAGAACAACAAGGAGAAAGAAGAGGAGGCUGCGCUGGAGAAGGAGGAGAAGGAGAAGACGGAGGAGAAGGUGGAGGAGAAGGAGGAGCAGGAGCGUGGGCCUGAAGGAGGCAGUAAGAAAGACGAGGAGGAGAAGACCGCCGAAGAGCAUGCCGAAGCUGCCAAAGCUCCUCACAGACCCAGGACCAUGCAGAUCAAAGUCAACCUGCUGGACGACGCUCUGUACGAGUGUGAGCUGGACAAACAUGCAAAAGGCCAGGAGCUGUUCAUGAAGGUGUGCGACAACCUCAACCUGCUGGAGAAAGACUACUAUGGACUGGUGGUGUCUGAGACGGCCACAACCAGGACCUGGAUGGAUCUUACCAAGGAGAUCCGCCGGCAGGUACCGGGUGCCACCUAUAAUUUCAACUUCAAUGUGAAAUUCUAUCCACCGGACCCAGCCCAGCUAUCUGAAGACAUAACAAGGUACUACCUGUGUCUCCAGCUGAGGAAGGACAUCCUGCAGGGACGCCUGCCCUGCUCCUUCGUCACGCUGUCCCUGCUGGGAUCCUACGCCCUGCAGUCGGAGCUGGGCGAGUUUGACCCCGAGGUGCACCCCCCCAACUACGCCAAGGAGUUGAAGAUGGCCCAGGGUCAGACCAAGGAGCUGGAGGACAAGAUGAUGGAGCUGCACCGCACAUAUAGGUCGAUGAGUCCGGCCCAGGCAGACCUGAUGUUCCUGGAGAACGCCAAGAAGCUGUCCAUGUACGGAGUGGACCUCCACCAGGCCAAGGAUCUGGAUGGGGUUGACAUCAUGCUGGGGGUCUGCUCCAGUGGUCUGAUGGUCUACAAAGACAAGCUGAGGAUCAACCGGUUCCCCUGGCCCAAAGUCCUCAAGGUGUCCUACAAACGCAGCAGCUUCUUCAUAAAAAUUAGACCAUCCGAGGUGGAGCAGUAUGAGAGUGCGAUUGGGUUCAAACUGCCCACUUACAAGGCAGCCAAGAAGCUGUGGAAAGUGUGUGUGGAACAUCACACCUUCUUCAGGCUGACCUCCUCGGAGAUGGUCACCACGCCCAGGAAGUUCCUGGCGUUGGGCUCCAAGUUCCGGUACAGCGGGCGCACGCAGGCCCAGACCCGCCAGGCCAGCUCCCUGAUCGACAGACCGGCCCCCAUGUUCCAGCGCUCCUCCAGCAAGAGGAACUCACGCAGCCUGGACGGAGCCAUGGCCUCCACUCCCGACAAUAAGUCCUCUCGCCCGGUCAGCGCCCCCGUCAUGUCCCCGGUGUCUCCGGGGGAUGCCACUUCCUCUCCGAUGCUGCCCCCCCUGCUGCGCUCCGACCACCGUGACGGCUCUACACUUAAAGGCCACCGCUCUGCACACAGGAAGGCGGAGGGGAAGGGGGAGAGUCAGCAUGCGGAGCACACCAAGAGCCACAGACCAGAGUCCACUCCAGAGAUCAAGACAUUCUCCAGGAGAGAGUGGAGGCACUCCCCCUCUGUGACCAACGCCAAUGGGGACAGAGAGAAAAAGAGCCAGCACUCUCCUAAGGACAAAGCAAAGACGGAGGUGGUGCGAGUGAGGAAGAAAAGAGCUAAGAAACUUGAGGGUGAAACUCUUUAUAUCAGACAUAGCAAUUUAAUGUUGGAGGACCUGGAUAAGACCCAGACUGGGAUCAUGCGUCACCACACGAGCAUCAGUGAGCUGAAGAGGAGCUUCAUGGAGUCGGUGCCAGAGCCUCGGCCCAGUGAGUGGGACAAACGUCUGUCCACCAACUCGCCUUUCCGCACAGUGAGCAUCAACGGCCAGCUGCAGCCAGCGUCUCCUGUGCUAAAGACCCAGACAAUCACCAUCUCAGACGUCACCAACUCCCUGAGAGGAACUGUGACCUACACGGACAUGCCCUUAGUUCACACUGAGACCAAGACCAUCACAUACGAGUCAGCACAGGUGUCUCUCCCACAGCCAGUGGACUGCCCGGCAGAGAGGGACUCAGGAGUGCUGCUGAGUGCCCAGACCAUCACCUCAGAGACCGUCAGCACCACCACCACCACCCAGAUCACCAAGACGGUGAAAGGAGGGAUCUCUGAGACUCGCAUUGAGAAGAGAAUAGUCAUCACUGGAGACACUGAAAUUGAUCAUGACAAGGCUCUGGCUCAGGCCAUAAAGGAGGCUAAAGAGCAGCACCCAGACAUGUCUGUUACCAAAGUGGUAGUUCACCAGGAGACAGAGAUCAGCCCGGAGUAAGACAAACUCAUCCUUUGGAAGUUCUCUCAGCUGCCCCUUCUCCCCCCCUUACUUGUGUCUCCAUCACACCAUUUUAGUGCUGCACCACUGGCCGUCACACCCAACUGCACUGCCUUUCCACCUGAACCCCAAGACCCCAUCAGAGGGAACCAGUUUCCUAUUUGAACUAUGAACUUUAACCUCCAUGAGUAUGGCUUGAAGGAUACCGAGUCGCCAGAAUAUCCCCAAGAACCUCCCAGUAUUCCCCACAAUCCUAUCUUGUUCCACUAAAAAUCAACCUCUGGACUUAUGAAAAAGAAAAUAACUUUUUUAAAAGAGAAAAAAUUAAAUUAAGUACAACAUUCGUGGAUUCUAUCCUCUCCAAUUUGUCUGGAGGAAAGUUUUCAAGGGCAUUUGGUCUUUUAAUCUUGAGAUUACUGGUACUUUAUUUUUCUACAGCUUUUCUUACCAUCAGAAUUGGUUAUCAAUAACUUCGAGGUCAAGUGUUUUUUAACAUAGUGUCCCCAACAGCAUCGACAAAGGGAUUGUGGGUGAUUUUUCUCGGAAUGUACUCGUUGGGACUCAAGGGUUCCUCGUAAAUGUUGGCCUGAGUUUGGUGUCAUUUCCUGUGCAGUAAAUAUCUUAUUUUCCCUCUCAAUGUGAACAAAUAUUUUUUCAAUUUCUGUAAAAAUAAAAAAAAGGAUUAAUUUAUCAAACCACGGGGGCAAUUCCUCCUUUCACUUUAUUUAAAGUCGAUGAUUUGUUGGGUGGUCUUUUCACGUUUUUAUUGUUUUAGUUGUUCUUGUUGUGGUCAUAGUGCUUGUGUCACUAGAGCGGGUCUAUAUCAGGACCGAGGAGACAGAGUACUGAAAUUACCUUUACUUUAUUUAUUCCCGCCUCUCUUCUCUUUUUGUGUUUUAGAUCUACUCAAUGCAGUUGUAUGUAACGUCAUGGUUUUGUAUUUAUAGCAUUUCAGUCACCACAUUAAUUAUUAGUCAUUUCUACUGAGCAUGACAUCAGCAUAUUUCUGCAUAUGUUUCACAUUUCUACUUUUCUACCAAAUGGGCAGUGUGUAGUCAUCCAGAGAGGGAAGUCAAAUGGAUGCAAACAUGGCAGAGGGUAAUUACAGUUUACCGUCCGCUUGAUUGGUUAAAAGCCGUUGAAAAGUGAAGAGACGAGCACUCUGGAUGAUAUUUCCCUCAUUGAAAAUUUGAUUUGAUCGUCUCGCUCUUUUCAAUCAUCUCUUUAACGCCUAUUAUUUAAUUAAAACCUCAUUAAGGCAAUACUCCAAUUAUUGCAUCUAUCACAUCAAUGCAUUAUGGAGGGUUGAUGUGCUUAAUUGCACUCAUUAAUUACACCAGUUACAGACAGCAAGUUUGAAAGGAUAAUUCCAGUCAAGUUGCAGUUUAUUUAAAUGAUUUUCAGUUAUGAAAACAUUAGACUCAUUUCCAUAUUUUAGGAGUUUGUGGAACCCGAUCCUGGUCUGUGUUAGGAAUGUUCAACAGCUUAAAAUGAUGACUAAAACAUAGUUUUCAACAUCAUCUUGGUUGACUUUUCAAAUCUGUCCAGGGACUACAGAUGAAAAAUAGCCUCUUGGCUAACUCUGGCACAUUUACAGAAAUGUUCAUUAAUGUGCACUGUCCCUGUUAAAUAAAUGAAUGAAUAAAUAAAUAAAAUAAAUAAAUCUUCAAUAACCCAUGAUAUACAUCAGCCACUAUGGUUAGAGAGGGCUUUUUUAUUUUGUUGCAUAUGUUGCUCUAAAAAUGACCAUAGUGGAUUUGACUCACUCAAGUUAAAUCUGCUGUCCACUAACUCACAGUGCUGUAUGAUAUCAAAGUACAUUUAACUCAGGAAGUUCAUACAGUCAUCAGAAUAGCCAUUGAGGAUAGUCAAAAAAGAUUUGGGGGAAAAUUGAAAAGAUUCAAGGUUAAAACUAGGUAACAAAAUGUAAGUGUCAAUGUUAAAAACAUGAUUUUCCAGUGAGAGAGGGUUUAGUCAGUCUUUUAGAGAGCUGCAAGAUCUGUCUUUCAACAGAUACCUUUGUACAUGAACAAAAAAGUUAAAAUUCACACAUAUAACAUACGUAAUUGUCUUUCAAUAGAGUCAGAGAUAUUGCGAUAAGAGAUAAGCAUGUGAGAUGUAAAAUAAUGUAUCAUCUGCAUACAAAAAUCAAUGUGGAUGGCAGAGAGGAUAUUUUCUUUUCUUCCUGAGAGGUUGUUAAAAAUCUUGAAACAGACUUUUCUUUUGAACCUUAAAUAUGUUGUUCUAUUCGACUCACUAUGAGAAUCAGUGUCAAAUGUUAAAUAGAAAUGUGAAGCUCAAUGUUGGAAACAUUGUAACAGGACUGUAUAUUUUUUUACAACCAAUGUAGCCGGUAACCCAUCAUAAUCUAUCAAACUAUUACUUUUACCUUGUUAGUGUAUAUCUUGGCAUAUUGAUUUAUGGAAGCACGCUGUAACAUAACUGUGUUUAUAUGAAAACAAUUCAUAUAGUUCCCCUCCUUCUUACUACACACUGCCUAUUCAGUUUGGACAAAUAUUUAAUAUGACACAUGUAUUUUAUAUUUUGUCAAUUUUUAAACAUGAUGCUUUUUAAGAAUUCUGUACAGCUGACAUGUUGUAGUUGUUUCACUGUGCUGUCCUAUCGAUCAUGGCACUCUCUUUUUCUCUUAGGAAACUAACAAGCCAACAUUUCUAUGUUCUUUCUUAACUGUGAUCCCUUCACAGGAAGACGUAAUAAAGAGCAACGUGCACAGAAUAAACACAAA